AUGGUGCAGUUGGACGUCGAGACGAUCCUCUCGCAGUUGACGUUGGGAGAGAAAGUCGCCCUGACAGCCGGAAUCGAUUUCUGGCACACGGCGGCCAUCGAACGGCUGGGCGUCCCCUCCUUACGCCUGUCCGACGGUCCCAACGGGGUUCGGGGCACUCGCUUCUUCAACGGAGUGCCUGCCGCCUGUUUCCCCUGCGCCACGGCCCUGGGGGCCACCUGGGAUACGGAGCUGCUGCACCAGGUCGGCCGGCUGUUGGGGGAAGAGGCGGUCGCCAAGGGCGUCCAUGUCCUGCUGGGCCCGACCCUCAACAUCCAGCGCUCGCCGCUCGGCGGCCGGGGCUUCGAGUCCUUCUCCGAGGAUGGCGUGCUGUCCGGCACCCUGGCGGGCCAUUACUGCCGCGGCGUGCAGGAGAAGGGCGUGGCGGCGACCCUCAAGCACUUUGUCUGCAACGACCAGGAACAUGAACGGCUGGCCGUCGACACCAUCGUCACCGCGCGCGCCCUGCGCGAGAUCUACCUGCUGCCCUUCCAGCUGGCCAUGCGCAUCUGCCAGACUGCCUGCGUCAUGACCGCCUACAACAAGAUCAACGGCACCCACGUCAGCGAGAACAAGGCCAUCAUCGACGACAUCCUGCGCAGGGAGUGGGCGUGGGAUGGCCUGGUCAUGAGCGACUGGUUCGGCACCUACUCCACCGCCGACGCCAUCCGCGCCGGCCUCGACCUCGAGAUGCCGGGCAAGACUCGCUGGCGCGGCGAGGCCCUCGCCCACGCCGUCUCCUCCCGCAAGGUGCCCGAACACAUCCUCGACGACCGCGUCCGCCACGUCCUGCGUCUCAUCAACUGGCUCGAUCGCGCGGGGAUCCCCGAGCAUGCCCCCGAGAAGGCUCUGAACCGGCCCGAGGACCGGCGGCUGCUCCGCCGCGCCGCCGCCGAGUCCAUCGUCCUCCUGAAGAACGAGGGUGACAUCCUGCCGCUCAAGAAGGACAGGUCGCUGCUGGUCAUCGGGCCCAACGCCAAGCUCGCCGCCUACUGUGGCGGCGGCUCCGCCUCCCUCGAUGCCUACUACACCGUGACCCCCUUUGACGGCCUGGUGGCCCAGAGCACCGCCGACGUCCGCUACGUCCAGGGCGUCUACUCGCACAAGGAGCUGCCCCUGUUGGGGCCCUUGCUCAAGACGGCCGACGGCAGGACGGGGUUCUCCUUCCGCGUCUAUAACGAGCCGCCCACCGAGGCGAACCGUGAGCUGGUCGACGAGCUGCACCUGGUCUCGUCCAACGGCUUCCUGAUGGACUACGUCAACCCCAAGAUCAAGUCAUUCCUCUUCUAUGUUGAUAUGGAGGGCGACUUCACACCCGAGGAGGACGGCGUCUACGACUUUGGCGUCACCGUCGUGGGCACGGGCAAGCUGCUCAUCGACGGCGAGGUGGUGGUCGACAACACCAAGAACCAACGCCAGGGGUCCGCCUUCUUCGGCAACGGCACCGUCGAGGAAAUCGGCUCCAAGGAGCUAAAAGCCGGCCAGACAUACCGCGUCCUCCUCCAGUUCGGUUCCGCCCCAACCUCCGACAUCGACACGCGCGGCAUCGUCGUCUUCGGACCGGGGGGUUUUCGGUUCGGCGCCGCCCGUCGCAUCACCCAGACCGAACUGAUCGCCCAGGCCGUCGAUCAAGCCGCCACAGCCGACCAGGUCGUCCUCUUCGCCGGCCUCACCGCCGAAUGGGAGACCGAGGGCCACGACCGCGACCACAUGGAUUUACCUCCCGGCAGCGACGAGCUGAUCGCCGCCGUCCUGCGCGUCAAACCCGACGCCGUCAUCGUCAUCCAGAGCGGCACCCCAGUCACCAUGCCCUGGGCACCCGAGGCCAAAGCUCUAGUACAGGCCUGGUUCGGCGGCAACGAGUGCGGCAACGGCAUCGCAGACGUGCUUUACGGAGCCGUGAAUCCCUCUGCGAAACUGCCCUUGACUUUCCCCGUCCAUCUACGCGAUAACCCUUCCUACCUGAAUUUCGGCUCUGAACGUGGCCGUGUUCUCUACGGCGAAGACGUGUUUGUCGGGUACCGGUUUUACGAGAAGAUGCAGCGCGCUCCGCUGUUCCCCUUCGGAUACGGUCUUUCAUAUACUACCUUUUCCCGCUCCAAUCUUCGUUUCCAAGUAUCACCAGAGCAACAGUCGAGUAACGUCCUUGCAGAUGGCGAACCCAUCACAGCCUCAGUCACGGUCACGAAUACAGGAACCGUGGCAGGCGCGGAAAUAGUCCAGCUAUGGAUCACCCCGCGCAAGGAAGGACCGGGCAUCAUCCGCCCCGUGCGUGAGCUGAAGGCAUUCGACAAGGUGUUUCUGCAGCCGGGCGAGGAAAAGACGGUCCGUCUGGUCGUGGAGAAGAAGCUGGCUACUAGUUUCUGGGAUGAGGAGCGCGAAGCAUGGGUCUCCGAGGCGGGCACGUAUGGUCUUCUCAUCACGGGGACGGGAGAUCAAAUCCUUGAGGAUGAAUUUGUAGUUAACCGGACGAGAUAUUGGGUGGGGUUGUAA